AGGCAUAAGAUGCUACCGAUGGACGUAGUCCUGUAGCAGAUGAGACUGGAUGACGAUAAAUACCUAGAUAACCAGUAUUCUCUUUUGUUCUCAUACUGUGUCCUGGCAAAGUAUCACUAUUUUCUAAGGAUCAACCAUACCCGCACAUCAACCGCUACCAUGCCUGACAAACCAGAAGCACCUCCUACAGCCUAUCCCUCGACCUCACUCAAAGAGCAAAAUCAAGAAGGCGGCAAGGGCCUUGAUGCUAAACUCGAACCCGGUGCCAACUGGACGCAACUGGAGUUCUGGGACGAUGACGGGUCGUCACCUUACCUGAAGGACUAUGAAGGCCGUGGACUGCUUAAGGAUAAGGCUGUCUUGAUCACUGGUGGUGAUUCAGGCAUCGGCAGGAGUGUCGCCAUUCUAAUGGCCCGCGAAGGCGCGGACGUCACCAUUGUCUAUCUGCCUGAAGAAGAGCCUGACGCACAGUGGACCAAGUCUCAGAUCGAAAAGGCCGGCCGCCAAUGCCAACUGCUCACUCUUGACAUCACAUCCGAAGAAAACUGUCGCAAAGCCGUGGAUGCGCAUAUGUCCAAGUUCGGCAAGCUGAGCGUACUCGUGAAUAACUCGGCCAUGCAGGAGAUCUGCAAUGACCUCUCACAGAUCGAUCUAGCCGUGGUCGAAAAGACAUUCCGUACAAACAUUCUGAGUAUGUUCGCCAUGACCAAGUUCGCCUUGCCGCAUAUGAAACGAGGAUGCAGCAUCGUCAACUCGUGCAGCGUAGCUGCGUACAUGGGCAACCCGAAGCUUGUGGAUUAUAGCUCGACGAAGGGUGCUAUCUCUACAUUCACAAGGAGUCUGGCCCAACAACUGGCACCAAAGGGGAUUCGGGUGAACGCAGUAGCCCCGGGAAUCAUAUGGACACCCCUUCAACCCGCGACAAAAGGAAACCCCCCCGAAGCAAUGGACAGUUUGGGUGUUUCGGAGGCGCCCCUGCAGAGGCCAGGGAUGCCGAUCGAGGUGGCAACCGCGUAUGUCUUUCUUGCCAGUCCCUUGGGAAGUUACUUUACUGGCGAGGUUAUUCAUGGAACGGGAGGCAUUGAGAUGCAAGGUUGA